AUGUCGCUCGAUCCUCCCCCUUAUCUGGGCUCGUUGCAAAACAACAUCCGCCAGCGCCCGAUUCCUUGGGAUGGCGCCGUGAGAGCCAACACCCUGAACGAGGGACAGCUGGCCAAGAUCCGAGCUGUCGACAAGAUCAGAAAGGACCAGAGAAAACAGGUCGUUGAGUCUGACCUCGAUGGCUAUCGGGCCCUGUUUGUUGGCGGCGAGGACAGCCCCAGCGUGCUUGAGUCCGCAAGCAAGCGCACAGAUGUAGUGCAGUACAUCCUCGUGCUUCUAAACGACCUGCUCGAAAGCGUUCCGACUCUCGCUAAGGCGUUGUUCAAGAAUCCGGAUCCCUACAAGCAUUUCCUACCGCUUCUGGCACACUCAAACAACCCUGAAGACCCUGUACCGCUGCUCACAUCUACCGUGCUUGCGACCUUGAUGGCUCAGUCUCAGGAUGAGUCGCCAUCGACCGAGCGGGCCCUGCCCUUGAUUUUGAGCUAUCUCUGCGGCAUGGCCAAGAACACAAACGAUGCCGGCUUACAAGAUAUUGCUGUGACCGAGUAUUCGUCCCUCCUGUAUGGCCAGCCCUCCCGACAACUCUUCUGGAAGCAGCGAAGCGAGACGGUUGCGCCUCUAAUUGAAAUUCUGAGGAAGGCUGCUGGCAUUGGAGCAGACUCGUCCGCCAGCUUGUGGAGCGGCAACACUACUGGCCGGGCCGGUGGCUUCGAGGGUACUCUGAGCGGCGGUGUUGGACUGCAGCUUCUGUACCAUGUGCUCCUUGUUAUGUGGCAGCUGAGCUUCGAGGCCGAAGAGAUUGGUGACGAAAUGGAUGACGAGUACGAUAUUAUACUGCUUUAUACACAACUUCUACGAUUAUCACCAAAAGAGAAGACCACACGUUUAAUCCUUUCGACGCUGUACAACCUCCUUAGCACAAACCCUAGCUCUCUACUUCCUACGGCCGUCUUGGCCAGGCUGCCUGCUUUGCUCCAGAAUAUCAAUGGACGACACUUGUCGGAUCCUGAUCUGCAAGAGGACCUGGAUAGACUAAAGGAAAUGCUGGAGGAGUACACAACCACCAAGACGACACUCGAUGAGUACGUUGCAGAAGUUCGCUCUGGACAUCUGAGAUGGUCGCCGCCUCACCGAAACGCUACAUUCUGGGCAGAGAACUCGCGAAAGAUUCUGGAGUACGAGACUGGAGAAAUCCCCCGUAAAUUGGCCGAAAUCAUGAAGAAGCCAUGGGACAGUGACAAGGCCGUUUUGGCUAUUGCUUGCAAUGACGUUGGUGCCUUGGUUAAGGAGGUGCCAGAGAAGCGAUUCCAGCUCGAGAAGCUAGGUCUCAAGACUCGAAUCAUGGAGUUGAUGCAGGACUCGGACGAGAAUGUCCGGUGGGAAAGCUUGAAGGCGUUGGGCGGCUGGCUCAAGUAUAGUUUCGAGAACAACUGA